AGACUGUCAUAAACAGCUGUGUAUUAAAUUUUGCUGCUGAUUGUUAUUUAAUUCUAACGCAUUAAAUUGGAAAAAUAAAAACGCAUUUUAAGCACAUAAUCGAAAAGGUAUUUAUUUACGAUAUGCUGCGUCAAUGCGUGCCUAAAUCGCCUGUAAGAGUGCACACCAGCGCCUGUGUAGCACUACGUGCUGCCACAACAAAUGCCGCUGCCCCAGCGUCCAAGGACAAGCUCGAAGAAAUUCGUGACCGUCUGGCUAAAGGUCCGAAUUUCCAAGAUUUCGUGCAAAACCCAGAAUAUUCGCGUGAUGAAUGGACUGAAUAUGAGGGUAAAUUGCGAAGGGAGAAAGGCGAGAAUGAACGUUUACGUUUACCCCCUUGGCUGAAAACUACCAUACCAAUGGGCAAAAAUUUUGCUAAAAUCAAAACACAGCUGCGGGAAUUAAAAUUGGCCACAGUAUGUGAGGAGGCACGUUGUCCGAAUAUAGGCGAAUGUUGGGGAGGUGGAGAACAUGGCACGCAGACAGCCACAAUUAUGCUGAUGGGUGACACAUGUACGCGAGGUUGUCGUUUCUGCUCUGUUAAAACAGCACGCAAACCGCCGCCGCUGGAUCCCGCUGAACCCGUAAACACAGCCAAAGCAAUUGCCUCCUGGGGUUUAGAUUACAUUGUGCUGACUUCAGUAGACCGUGAUGAUUUACCCGAUGGCGGCUCAAAUCAUAUUGCAGAAACUGUACGAGAAAUCAAAGAACGUAAUCCCAACAUUUUUGUCGAAUGCUUGGUGCCUGAUUUUCGUGGCGAUUUAAAAUGCGUUGCGACCAUAGCCAACAGCGGUUUAGACGUUUAUGCGCACAACAUCGAAACAGUCGAAAAGCUAACACCGUUUGUACGUGAUCGCCGUGCACACUAUCGCCAAACGCUUCAAGUACUGCGCGAAGCUAAGCAAUUUAAUUCUAAGCUCAUCACGAAAUCAUCCAUAAUGCUUGGCUUGGGCGAAACCGAUGCCGAAAUCGAACAAACUAUGCUGGAUUUACGUGAAGCAGGCGUGGAGUGCCUCACAUUGGGUCAAUAUAUGCAACCGACAAAUAAGCAUUUAAAGGUUAUCGAAUAUGUAACGCCUGAAAAGUUCAAGCAUUGGGAGAAACGCGGCAAUGAAUUGGGUUUCCUAUAUACUGCCAGUGGACCGCUGGUGCGUAGUUCAUACAAAGCGGGAGAAUUCUUCAUAACGAGUAUAUUAAAGAAUCGACAAGAGCAAGCAGCUGGAAAGCAAGCAACAGAGAAAAAGUAAAGGAAAGAAAUUUUUAUUGAUGCUAAUUAAUGGAGCUUAGCGUAUUUAGAAAGAAAAUUACGAAAAUAAAUGGAUUGAGGGAAGGUUGUUAACCCGAAACGCUUAAGUAAUUUGCAAUAAUAAAUCUGUAGUUAAAUGUAGAAAAAAAUUACCCUUGAUAUUGUUACACCCGCUAAAAAUUAAGCUAUAUAUAUGUUAUUAUUGUCUUUUCAGUAGCUAAUAAUAAAAGUGAUAUAUGUAAUAUGUAUACACACCUCAUAUAAUAUAU